CACCCAUAGAGUGAAAGUGAUUGAGAUCUUCAGUGAAGCUCCUCCUACAACAAUCCACCAAUAAAUGCUGGAGUCAAACACACAGAGAAAUCACUCCAUGUGUGACAACUGAAAUCUUCAUGACAUAAUGUUGAUGCUGGUGAAAGAGGAGCUUGAGAAGAUGACAGAUCCACAACCAUGCAGAAUAAAGGAUGAAGAUACUGAGGAACAAAUAGAUAUGAUGGAAGUGAAAGAGGAGAGUGAAGCUGAAGUGGAUGAGAAACAUCAGAUUGUAAAAAUAAACCAUAAUGUUUCACAGAAAGAAACUCUGAAGACAGAAGACAUAAAGUGUGAAAAUAGUUUCAGAGAAGAUGAACGCCCUGCAGAUCACAAGAGGACUCACAGUGAGGAGAAACCUUUCACAUGUCAACAGUGUGGAAAGAGUUUUAGAAGAAAAGAUAACCUUAAAGCACACAUAAGGGUUCACACAGAAAAGAAAAGAUACCCAUGCCAUCAUUGUGGAAAGAGUUUUACAACUGCAGGUAACCUUAAGAUACACAUGAGGUCUCACACUGGAGAGAAACCUUACGCUUGUCAACAAUGUGGAAAGAGUUUCUCUAUUGAAAGUAACCUUAAGAAACACACAAGGAUUCACACUGGAGAGAAAUUGUUCACAUGCCAUGAGUGUGAAAAGAGUUUCAGAACUAAAUGUAGCCUUAUAACACACAUGAGAAUUCACAAAGGAGAGAAACCUUACAGAUGUCCUCAGUGUGGAAAGAGUUUCAUUAGUAAACAAGGACUUGAGAUUCACAUGACAGUUCACACUGGAGAGAAACCUUUCACAUGCCAUGAGUGUGAAAAAUGUUUCAGAUGUAAGAGUAGCCUUAUAAGACACAUGAGAAUUCACAGAGGAGAGAAGCCUCACGUGUGUUUUCAGUGUGGAAAGAGUUUCAUAGAUAAACGUGGACUUGAGAUUCACAUGAGAAUUCACACUGGAGAGAAACCUUACAUAUGCUCUCAGUGUGAAAAGAGUUUCACAACUAAAGUUGCUCUUAAGACACACAUGAAAGUUCACACUGGAGAAAAACCGUUCACAUGUCUUCAGUGUGGAAAGAGUUUUACAGUGAAACGUGACCUUAAUAGACACAUGAGAAUUCACACUGGAGACAAACCAUACGUGUGUCAUCAGUGUGGAAAGAGUUUUAUAAUGAAAGGUGACCUUAAUAGACACGUGACAAUUCACACCGAAGAGAAACCAUACGCGUGUCAUCAGUGUGGAAAGAGUUUCAGGACAAAAGCUACCCUUAAAAUACAUGCAAGAUUUCACACUCAAUAGAAACCAUUCAUGUGUCAACAGAACUGUUCCAGUUCCAAUUUCACAUCAAGUCAAGUUCACAUAACAUCUCAGGAUGUGUUCUUGAUCCGCUCAUUUUAUCAAGGAUGCAUCAGGAGGUAACUUGUGUGGACUUAUGAUAGACAAGUUUCUCAGAAUGCAUUUUGCGUCAACAACAGUGGAGCUUAAAACCGGCACAAUAGUUGAAAUAUUACUCUUUUUGCUUUGCCCUUCAGUGUCUGAUGGUCAAACAUGAAAUAUUCCUUUUGUAUAUACAGUCUUGUUUAAAAUAAUAGCAGUACAAUGUGACUAACCAGAAUAAUCAAGGUUUUUAGUAUAUUUUUUAUUGCUACGUAGCAAACAAGUUACCAGUAGGUUCAGUAGAUUCUCAGAAAACAAACAAGACCCAGCAUUCAUGAUAUGCACGCUCUUAAGGCUGUGCAAUUGGGCAAAUAGUUGAAAGGGGUGUGUUCAAAAAAAUAGCAGUGUCUACCUUUGACUGUACAAACUCAAAACUAUUUUGUACAAACAUUUUUUUUUCUGGGAUUUAGCAAUCCUGUGAAUCACUAAACUAAUAUUUAGUUGUAUGACCACAGUUUUUUAAAACUGCUUGACAUCUGUGUGGCAUGGAGUCAACAAACUUGUGGCACCUCUCAGCUGUUAUUCCACUCCAUGAUUCUUUAACAACAUUCCACAAUUCAUUCACAUUUCUUGGUUUUGCUUCAGAAACAGCAUUUUUGAUAUCACCCCACAAGUUCUCAAUUGGAUUAAGGUCUGGAGAUUGGGCUGGCCACUCCAUAACAUUAAUUUUGUUGGUUUGGAACCAAGACUUUGCCCGUUUACUAGUGUGUUUUGGGUCAUUGUCUUGUUGAAACAACCAUUUCAAGGGCAUGUCCUCUUCAGCAUAGGGCAACAUGACCUCUUCAAAUAUUUUAACAUAUGCAAACUGAUCCAUGAUCCCUGGUAUGCGAUAAAUAGGCCCAACACCAUAGUAGGAGAAACAUGCCCAUAUCAUGAUGCUUGCACCUCCAUGCUUCACUGUCUUCACUGUGUACUGUGGCUUGAAUUCAGAGUUUGGGGGUCGUCUCACAAACUGCCUGUGGCCCUUGGACCAAAAAAGAACAAUUUUACUCUCAUCAGUCCACAAAAUGUUCCUCCAUUUCUCUUUAGGCCAGUUGAUGUGUUCUUUGGCAAAUUGUAACCGUUUCUGCACAUGCCUUUUUUUUAACAGAGGGACUUUGCGGGGGAUUCUUGAAAAUAGAUUAGCUUCACACAGACAUCUUCUAACUGUCACAGUACUUACAGGUAACUCCAGACUGUCUUUGAUCAUCCUGGAGGUGAUCAUUGGCUGAGCCUUUGCCCUUCUGGUUAUUCUUCUAUCCAUUUUGAUGGUUGUCUUCCAUUUUCUUCCACGUCUCUCUGGUUUUGCUCUCCAUUUUAAGGCAUUGGAGAUCAUUUUAGCUGAACAGCCUAUCAUUUUUUGCACCUCUUUAUAGGUUUUCCCCUCUCCAAUCAACUUUUUAAUCAAAGUACGCUGUUCUUCUGAACAAUGUCUUGAACGACCCAUUUUCCUCAGCUUUCAAAUGCAUGUUCAACAAGUGUUGGCUUCAUCCUUAAAUAGGGGCCACCUGAUUCACACCUGUUUCUUCACAAAAUUGAUGACCUCAGUGAUUGAAUGCCACACUGCUAUUUUUUUGAACACACCCCUUUCAACUAAUUCAACUAAUUGCCCAAUUGCACAGCCUUAAGAGCGUGCAUAUCAUG